GGAGAACUUGGGGAACUGCAAUCAUGACGAUUUGCCGUAAUCGGCGGAAUCCAAAGUGCUUUCCAACCAGAGCACGAAAGGAACCCAUUCACCAGUCUCAAAAAGAAAAAGACAAGGUGAAGAAAUAUAGUCAUUGCAGGGGAGGAAGAAGGUGGGGUGGAUAAGGAAAAGGAAAGAAUGGCGACUAAAACUAAAUUUCUCACUGCGAUUAACUUCGUAGCAAUGGUGCUGUCCAUACCAGUAAUUGGCACGGGAAUAUGGUUAUCAACAAAGCAGGACAACGAGUGUGUUAAGUUGUUGCAAUGGGUUGUUAUAAGUUUAGGAGUGGUGAUUUUGGUGGUGGGAUUGUUGGGUUGUAUGGGCGCCUUUUGGCGAGUCCAAUGGAUGGUUGUUCUCUAUCUUCUAUUGAUGUUCGUCCUUAUAAUAUUGCUCUUGACUCUGGUCGUAUUCGUUUUUCUUGUCACCAACAGGGGCUCCGGGCAUGGUCACAUAGUACCCAACAGAGCCUACAGAGAGUAUACCUUAGGUGACUACUCUGGAUGGUUACGCCACCGUGUUCACGCCUGGAACCGGAUUCGAAACUGCCUUGCCUCUUCCACCACAUGUGCUACUUUGACCCAGCGCUAUCCUCUCGCUCAGGACUUCUUCAAUGCCCAUCUCACGCCCAUAGAGUCUGGAUGCUGUAAGCCGCCGACGCUGUGUGGGUAUACAUUUGUGAGUGCAACAUACUGGAUCAGUCCCAUCAACAUAGGAGAGGAUAUGGACUGCUUGACGUGGAACAACGAUCAGACGCAGCUGUGCUACAGUUGCAAUUCCUGCAAGGCCGGGCUGCUGGCAAAUCUGAAGAAGGAAUGGAGAGUGGCAGAUGUGGUACUGCUCAUCACACUCAUUGCUCUUAUAUGGGUUUACUUAGUUGGAUGCAACGCCUUCCGCAGAGCUCAGACCGAGGAUAUCUUUGACCAGUACAAGCAAGGCUAUACAUAGACAUCUUUCAGACCCAUUUGAAAAAGGAUAUUCUGUGUAAGUUAUGUUUCAUCCUCCUCCUUUACCACUUUGUUAUGUGCUUAUUGGGAUUGUUUCAUCCUCUUGGGAUAAAAACUCUUUCAUUUCUUUGUGCAAUGGGAUUUUGCAGUAAUUCGUAUCAUAUAUCUCCAAGAGAGCUGGCUAAUUGUCACUGACAAAAUCGCAGGCAACCCACCAUGUAUAUGAUUGUGUAGUUUUUUUCAUACUCGCACUUCUGUUGAUCUCAAAGCUUAGAAAAUGACAUUGAUUUCAAACGACGACCAAAUUUAGAGCUUUUGUGAUACUGAUAGUUGAUGUAAAGGUAUACGUCCUAAAUUUUGGUUUGAUGCUGCUAAUUUUACAUGUUUGGAUUUAAUCUGGAA